UUUGCUGCAGUAGUUUGAGUCUUUGCUUAUCCCAUUAUGGUGAUAUUUCCCUGCAGUAGUUUGUGUCUUUGCCCCUUCCACAAUGGGGAGAUUUCCCUACAGUAGUUUGUGUCUCUGCCCCUCCCACAAUGGGGAACUUUCCCUACAGGGGUUUUGUGUCUUUGCCCCUCCCACAAAAGUGAGAUCUCUGUAUGGUAAUUUGUGUCUCCGCCCCUCCAUCAUGGGGGCAUCUCCCCACAGUAGUUUUUGUCUCUGCCCCUCCCAUCAUGGGGGCAUCUCCCCACAGUAGUUUGUGUCUUUGUGUCUCUUCCCCCCCCCCCCCCCAACAAUGAGGACAUUCCUAUGCAGUAGUUUGUG